AUGGAUGGGUUAAGUCUCGAGGAGACUUUACCAAGCAUAGAUCCAAAUUUAUUUCGCCAGUUCAGAGAAAAGACAGCAGAUUUGAAAUAUGAGAAACUUAAAAGUGAUCAAUAUGUUUCCCGAUGGUUGAAAGCGAGAAAUUGGGAUGUGGACAAAGCGGAAAAAAUGUUCAGAUCGCAUUUACAAUGGAGAAGUGAGAAUAAGAUUGUAAAUUCCUUCAAUUUUUUUGGCUAUCAACAUAUCAUUUUUUCCUUUCAGAUGGAUGAACUGCUUACAAACUUCACUAUGCCAGAGGUGAUUGAAAAGUAUUUUCCUGGUGGUAUUUGUGGUCAAGACAAAUUCGGCCGUCCAGCUUUUAUCUGCCCGGCAGGUUCUACCGAUGUGUUCGGAUUGAUGCGGUCAGCUUCUCGAUCACAGUUGGCUUUUUCCCGCUACUAUGUAAUGGAGAAGAUAAUCGAAGAGGUUUUACCCGCUCAAUCUCGUAAGAUGAACAAACCGAUUGAUCAACUGGUUGUCAUCUUUGAUCUUCAGCACAUGAAUCGUCGCCAGCUCUGGCGACCUUGGGUCAACAUUGUUCUUGAAAUGACCUCCGUCUUUGAAAUAAACUUUCCUGAGUUCAUGGCUGUCUGUUUUGUACUCAAUGCUCCUUCUUUCUUCUCCAUGGUAUUUUCACUUCUUAAACCUCUCCUCAGUAAAGAAACUCAGGACAAAAUACACGUAAGUAAAGCCCAUUUUGAUGAUAGUGUGACGCGAAUUGCAUUGUUUAUACUUGAUAUGGGUUAA